AUGGCCGACGAAAAGAGACAAAACCCCUUCGAGGACAUGGGACGUUCUGAUGAGGCAGAGGCCGCAGAUCACCCUCCAGCAUACACAGCAGGACCCUCAACACAACCAAGCCAAUCACCACCAGUACAAGAAAUCCCCUCUCAAACAAGCCACAAACCAAUCGCAAUUCCAGCCAUCACCGCCUCCUCUGAUUCUCCUUUCAUUCGCGCAUAUCCACCCGUCCUAAAAAAUCACCAACUCCCCAAGGAAUCCUUCCUCGGCUUCCUCGACCAACUGAACAAAGACAUAGCUGCCAGUCCGCCCCUCCAGGUCCUAGACGCAACAGGCGGGAUCUUGAAGUCUGUCCCGAUCCUGUUCCCGUUGCACUGGAUUGGAAACGUUGUCAGCGGACUCGCAAACCUGGGCAGCCAAGGCAUGUCCAAAAGCCGUACAGACUCCUCCAUCAAACAAGCUAAUAAGGACAUCUUCGGUCCGCGUGGCUUGAAGGUUGAGAUUGCGAAGCUGGAUGCGCUGGCACAUGUCGCAAAGCUCCCUAUAUUGGAUUCUCAAGGCAAAAUCAAUCGGCAGGCGCCUCUGUUUCUACAACUCCAGUAUGAGGCGUCCAUGGCCAACACUGAGAUCGAUGAAAGGCAGCAGCAGGAGCUGGAUUUGCAACGGAGGAUUGGGACUUUGCAGCCCUGGAUUGCUGAGCUUGAAUUUGAGAUCUUGCCUUGGUCUUCUAAGUCUAGGUUGACGCGGUUCAAUGCCUCAUUGAAGAAGUAUAAUGAGCCGAUGGAUCAGGAGAGGAGAGGAGUGGGAAGGCGAGGCGAUGUUUACAUUAAAGAGACAAAACAGGAAGAAGAUCCUUUUAGGAAGGCUUUGUGGCUUGUUAUUCGGGAGGUUGAAACGGAUGAGAGGCGCUAA